AUGGAGAUCCCUGUGAUUGACUUCUGUAAUCUUGAGAGUGAGAAGAGAAGUGAAACAAUGGCACUUCUCCAUGAGGCAUGCGAGAAAUGGGGCUUCUUCAUGAUUGAGAACCAUGGAAUUGAUAAAGAGCUUAUGGAGAGAGUGAAGCAUUUGACGAAUCAGCAUUAUCAAGAGAAUAUGAAAGACAGUUUCUAUGGAACGAAGGCAGUAAAAACUUUGGAGAACAACGGGUUUAUAAGUAAUAAAGACUGGGAGAGCAGCUUCUUUGUUCGGCAUCAUCCCAAUUCUAAUAUCAAUGAGCUUUCCAGCCUCUCAAAGGAUCUCCGUGAAACAAUGGAUGCGUACAUUGAUCAACUGAUAAAACUCGCAGAAAAGCUUUCAGAACUCAUGUGUGAAAACCUGGGUAUAGAAAAGAAUCGAAUAAUAGAAGCGUUUUCAGGAAGCAAUGGCGCUUCUGUAGGGACAAAAGUGGCAAUAUAUCCUCAAUGUCCUCAUCCUGAACUCAUUAGAGGGCUAAGAGAGCACACCGAUGCUGGUGGUAUCAUUCUCUUGCUCCAAGAUGACCAAGUCCCGGGUCUUGAAUUUUUCAAAGAUGGGAAAUGGGUGAAAAUUCCACCUUCCAAGAACAGCAGAAUAUUCAUAAACACCGGAGAUCAAGUGGAAAUCUUAAGCAAUGGUGUGUACAAGAGUGCUUUGCACAGGGUCAUGGCUAUGAAGGACGGAAACAGACUCUCGAUAGCCACAUUCUACAACCCUGCUGGUGAUGCAAUAAUUUCUCCAGUUUCCAAGCUCUUACUUCCUAACCAUUUCCGAUUCGAAGAUUAUCUGAAUCUUUAUACGAAAACCAAGUUUGAAGACAAGGGUCUCAGAUUUGAGACCAUGAAGAACAUGGCCAUGGGCAAUAGUCACCAAAGAGUUCUUAUUACCAAGAAUUAA